AUGACGUCGGUGCUUAUUGAUCGUGCACCUUACAAGCCAACGCCAACGACAGACGAACUUGCUUCACUUAUCCUUCCCGGAUCCACUAAACUUCUUAGGGCGCUGUUUCUUCCUGCUGUUUACAAUGUGGAGUCUGGGUGUCAGAGAGCCGGAUUAGCCAUCCUGUUGGAUGAGCCAUCAACCACGAAUGACGGAAACUGGUUCGCUGGGGAGGGUGAGGAGGGCGAGGGGGGUGAGGGAGAGGAGGGAGAACAGGGUGAGGGAGAGGAGGGAGAGGAAGGGGAGGGAGCGGAGGGUGAGGAAGGGGAGGAAGAGGAGGGUAGGCCCAGAGAGGGAAUAGGUGAGGGAAGCGAGGAGGGGAGGGACAGGCGGAAGGAAGUGAUGAAAGGAGGGGAGAGACGGGAGGCAAGGAGGGAUGAAAGGAGAAGAGGGACGGGAGAGGGAAGGGACGGGAGGCGGGGAGACAGGAGCGCAAGCUCGUGGUGCUAA